ACCCACAGAGCCACACACACAGCUGCAGGAGAACACACAGCUCCAGCGGGGGAAUAUGUCAGCUCUGUCACUCGACGAGGGACGCAGCGUGGACACUGUACACCCACUGCCUCUACUUUAGGUCGGCACACAAACAUCUCCCUGGUGCUGCUGCUGGUCCAUCCCCGUCCCCUCCUUCCUCCUUCCUCCUCAUUCCUCCUCCUCCUCCUCCUCCUCAUCUUCACCGUCCCGUCGCCAGGAUGGACAAGACGCUCUGCAGUCCGCAGCUCGUCACCAAGAAAUCAAACUCUUCCUCGUCGGACCUCGGGAACUCGUCGUCGAGGAAGCCCGGGAGGACCGGCUCGCACAGCCCGGGAUCCGGCUCCCUGGGCGGGCCGGCCGGAGGAGCAGGGGGCGGCCGGGGAGCCGUGCUGCUGGGGAACAGCAUGAAUCUGCAGCAGCAGCAGCAGCAGACGAGGAGGAGGCAGCUGGAAGGAGUGCUGAGCAAAUACACCAACCUGAUCCAAGGCUGGCAGAACAGGUACUUUGUGUUGGAUCCAGAGUUGGGACAGCUGCAGUACUUUGUCAACGAGCAGGGGAGAAGCCAGAAGCCCCGCGGGUCACUGCCCCUGAUCGGUGCCUCGGUAACCCUGAGCGACGAGGCUCCCAACAUGUUCGUCGUAAACUCUGUGAAUGGAGAGCUGUACAAACUCAGAGCGUCCGAUGCCAAGGAGCAGCAGUUUUGGAUCAGUCAGCUCCAAGCAUGUGCCAGACGUCACUCUGACAGCAGUGCCAAGGUGAGGAAGCUGAAGGACUCAGACGAACACCUGAGUGUUGACAGAGCUGGAGGAGGCCAGGACGCACUGGGCUCGUCCACCGGUCGGACCCGUAGCUUCUCUCUCCUCCCCCACCUCACGCCAUCUUCGUCCCCGGGUUCUCAGAGGCACCUGAGCCACACGGCCUCGCCCGGCAACAUCGUCACCAUCACCCACCACAAAUCUCCGGCUGCUGCUCGGCGGGCCAAGAGUCAGUACCCAGGACGGCUGCUGGAGGUCAAAGAGGUGAUGGCUCAAGCAGAGGGCCAGCAGAAGAACCUGGUCCAGUCCAUCGACUCUCUUCCCACCAGAGGCCCUCUCUCCUGUCUGGACCAGGACCUGUUGCUGCUCAAAGCCACAUCGGCUGCCACACUAAGCUGCCUGGGAGAGUGCCUGAACAUCCUCCAACAGACUCAGAGCCACAGCCAGGCACCACAUCACUGUCAGAGCUCCGAUAGCAACUUCACAUCCCACGAAGCACCCUCCGAUGGUGUUCCUGUGUGGACUGUACCAAAGUCGCCCUCAGGGGAGCUGUUGAAGAACGGAGGUCUGACCCCUCUACGAUCAGCCGAGCCCUCUCCGACCUUCAGGAAAAGGAGUCUGUCCCAUGGUGCUGAGCACCAUCCAGGGCUUGAAGACAUCAGCCCCAGUGACGAGGUGACAGAUACGGAGGACAAUGAAGAGGAGGACCUGGGUGUCCUGGACGACCAGCGGAGCAUCAUCCUCCACCUGCUCUCCCAGCUCAAACUGGGCAUGGACCUCACCCGGGUGGUGUUGCCAACAUUUAUUUUGGAAAAGCGAUCACUUCUGGAGAUGUACGCUAACUUCAUGGCCCACCCCGACAUGUUCCUGUCCAUCACAGCCGGGGCCACAGCCGAGGACAGGAUCGUACGCUUUGUGGAGUACUACCUGACCGCCUUCCACGAGGGCCGCAAAGGAGCCGUGGCCAAGAAGCCGUACAACCCGGUGCUGGGAGAGACCUUCCACUGUUCCUGGGAGGUGCCCCGGGACAAAGUCAAACCUUUGGUCAGAUCCAACCAGGGCUCCUCGUGGGAGCAGCAGGACGAGGAUUCCCCGGGGGAAUGCUACAGGGUCCGCUUUGUGGCCGAGCAGGUCUCCCAUCAUCCACCGGUGUCGGGUUUCUACUGCGAGUGUCAGGAGAGGAGGAUGUGCGUCAAAGCUCACGUGUGGACCAAAAGCAAGUUCAUGGGGAUGUCUAUAGGAGUGUCCAUGGUGGGGGAAGGGGUCCUCUGUCUCCUGGAACACGAUGAGGAGUACGUCUUCACGUUACCCUGUGCCUACGCCCGCUCCAUCCUCACCGUGCCCUGGGUGGAGCUGGGCGGAAAAGUCUCCAUCAACUGUGCCAAGAGCGGCUACUCGGCCACUGUCACCUUUCACACCAAGCCGUUCUAUGGAGGGAAGGUUCACCGAGUGACGGCAGAGGUCAAGCACAACCCGACCAACACCAUCGUGUGUAAAGCUCAGGGCGAGUGGAACGGCACGCUGGAGUUCACCUACAGCAGCGGAGAAACCAAAGUGAUCGACACGACAAAACUACCCGUCACCAGAAAGAAGCUCCGGCCUGUGGACAGACAGAGCAGGAUGGAAUCCAGGCGGUUAUGGCAACAUGUCACCAAGUCUCUGAAGGAAGGGAACAUGGACGAGGCCACAGAGCACAAACACAGACUGGAGGAGCGACAGAGAGGAGAGGAGAGGCAGAGAGCGGCUGAUAACAAACCCUGGACUCCAAAAUACUUCACCAAAGAGGGAGACGGUUGGACCUACAACAGUCCGAUGUGGAAGUCGACCUGAAAGCAGCACAUCUCUCUCCUCCAGCGGAAAAUAAGUGAUCUCCUGCCUCUCCACGCUGAGUCAGCGGUCAGGACGUCAAACACAGGGAGCCGAGUCCUCCUGGACUACAGACUCCCAGAGUGACACACUAACAGGAAGAUGCAAGGUGCCAAAAGGGAUCUCCACUGUUAUAACCAGGACCAAGCGGUGGGAGCUCUUGGGACAAAAGUCGAUUUUUAUAAAUAGUAUUACUAUUCAAAGUAGAGUAUUUCUAUUUUUCACCUUGCCAAGGCCUUUUUUGCACACACACACACACACACACACACACACACACACACACACACACACACACACACAGACAGACACACACACACACACACACACACACACACACACACACACACACACACAGACAGACAGACAGACAGACAGACAGACAGACAGACAGACAGACAGACACACACACACACACACAGACACAGACAGACAGACAGACAGACAGACAGACAGACACACACACACACACAAACACACACAGUGAUGAUGUUUUCCACAGGUUUUUUUUUUUUUUAAUGUUUUCUCGGACAGUGUCAAUGUUUGGUUCUAAGCUUUUAGUUCAAAAUGCAGCGUUAGAAUGAAUAUAUACAUAAAAAAGUUCCUUGUUACACAUAAUACUGUAGCUGUAAAUGAGUUGUUUAUAAAAGCACUUUUCCCAUAGAUUUAAUAAACUAAAUAUUUUAUAUCUAUGGCUUUUACCAGUCAGGGUGGUCUCUCAGAGCUUUACAGGAAAUAAGGACACCUUAAAUAAAUCUUAACAUGAAAUAUAAACCAACAGGUAAAACAUUAGAUUGUGUGUUAGUAUGAAGUAAACUUCUAGAAAGUGAUUGUUUUGUCUGCACUAUGAAUGUAUUUGGGCACAUUUACACAAGAUAGGAUACUUCUUUUCCAUCUUUUACUGUUACUACUACAUCAUGUUUUGCCCUUUCUUUUUGAAGGUCUCUCAAAAUAUUAUAAUCUCCAACAGGUGAGACGCAGACCUUUUACAUUUCCAUUACUACCUCUCGUAUUCAGCUGUUCCAGCCAUUAGCCACAUAUUAUUCCAAGAGAGAAACAUGAGUUUGUUUGUGGCAGAGUCCUCACUCUUUGAAUCUUUUCUUUCCUUUGUUUUUGUAUCUGUGCCCCUCAGUUGGCUCUUAGCCUGUACCUCCUGAAGUUCAUACUUCUUGUUUUUGAAUAUGGAUGAGGAGAGCUCGCAGAAACACACAAACAGGCGCUCUAAUCUAGGGGUUAAUUGAAGGUUUAAAAACACAUUUCAAGGUUUAUAUUUGGGCUUUCUUUGCCUUUAUGGUGGGAAAUAAGGAGCCCCAGGUUGGAUUUGAACCCCGGGCCGCCCACUUUGAGGACUAUGGUCUCUGUCCAUGGGGCGCGUGCACUAACCACUAGGCUACCGAUUGCUGGAAUGUUUUUUUUCUUCGAAGAUGAGUGGAUAAUCUCCCAGAAUAACAAUCCCUGAGACCUGGGGUAACCAGCCAAACUGAAGGUUUUAAAGAUCUAAACUUUGAUCCAUUUCAUUGGAUUCUUGACUGAAAACUUAUUUUGUCUUUUUGCCGUAUAGUUUUUUUUAAUUUAAUGUCCCGACUGCCUGCUUUCAGUUGAAAUACUCAGAUUCAGUAUUUAAAGCCAGAUGCCUCUUUGUAGCGUACGUCAUUUCCAUGACAACAUGAAGGACAGACCUGGUUCAUUACGGUUUGAUGACACUCGCCUUACAUGAUACUUACAGAUUUCUUUUUUUUUUUUAUAUAUAUAUCUUAAAAAGGAUUCACUGAAGUAGAAUAUGAUUGUGAUAAAAGAGGAACAUAAAUAAAGACCUUCUACUUUU